GGUGUUGCCAUCAAGUUCUGCCAUCAAGUUUUCAGACCAGUCACAUAAUUGUAAAACCAUUUCCAUGCAUGAGCGUGUGACUGAGUGUCUGUGCCAAAGACCACCACCUGUUUUAGGCAGUCAGAGGCUGAGUGAAUUGGAACUGCAGCUGAAACAAAUCAAAGGCAACAGACGGCAGCUUGAUUUAGUUUUAGGGAACAAACAGUUCGGGAUACACUCCGUAAACUCAGCAAUGACAGACAGAAAAUCCACCUUGUGUGCUGUAACAGGAGUGAAAUGUGAUACUGAGCACGGGAAAGUGAGUGACCCAGAGGAGGAGGAAAAGCAUACAUGUGCAACAGGAGAUACAAGGAGGACGUGGAAGAUCCCGUCCCUCCAGGAGCUAGAAGAAGUCCUGCAUUCAGCUACACGUUCCUGUCGCCAUGGAGAUGAGGUGUGGCCGAAUCUGUAUCUGGGUGACAUGUUUAUGUCUCAUGACAAGUUUGGUCUGUACCAGCUGGGCAUCACUCAUGUGCUGAAUGCCUCGCACGGUAAACUCUGCUGUAAGGGCAGCGAUGACUUCUACGGAACCACAGUUAAAUACUACGGAGUCCCCGCCAAUGACCUGCCUACAUUUGACCUUUCACCUUUCUUCUAUCCCGCUGCUGAGUUCAUUCACCAGGCUUUGACGUCAGGAGGGAAGGUUUUUGUGCACUGUGCUGUGGGUGUGAGCCGGUCAGCUGCUUUGGUCUUAGCCUAUCUGAUGAUUCAUCAUCGCCUCAGCCUUCUGUCUUCUGUACAUUGUGUGCAACAAAAGCGCUGGAUUUUCCCGAACCGUGGCUUCCUGCGACAGCUUAUAGAAUUAGACCGAAAACUGCAGGAUGAAGCAUUAAAUUAA